AUGAAGAUCGCAACUAUCCUCGGUUUGGCUGGCACUGCCGCAGCGCACGGCUACGUUUCCAGCAUUGUAGCAGACGGUGUUACCACUUCAGGCUGGCUUGUCUCCUACUGGUAUGAUUUAGUGAAUCAUGUUCCCAUUCCCCAGACCCCAGGAUGGUACGAAGAGGCGUUGGACCUUGGAUUCGUCCCUCCAAAUGAAUAUCAAAACCCCAACAUCGCCUGCCACAAGAAUGCAGUCAACGCGAACGUCUCGGCGACAGUUGCUGCGGGUGGGUCCGUCAAGUUCCAAUGGACUGACUGGCCACACAACAUCGGCCCUGUCUUGACCUACGUCGCCAAAUGCAGCGGAGACUGCAAAACUGCGGACAAGACCGCGCUCAAGUUUGUCAAGAUUGAUGAGUCUGGAAUUGACCUCACCAGUCAGGUCUGGGCUGCUGGAAAGCUGAUGGCUGACGGCAAUUCGUGGACUACGAAAGUGCCAAAGACUCUUGCUCCAGGUCAUUAUGUCUUCCGCCACGAAAUUAUCGCAUGCCACGGUUGCACUUCGCUCAAUGGCGCGCAAAACUAUCCGUUCUGCGUGAACAUUGACGUGACGGGUUCUGGCACAGCAAACCCAGUGGGAACUGUUGCUUCCAGCCUUUAUAAGAGUAAUGACCCAGGUAUUUUAUUCAACCCGUAUGUCACCAUGACGAGUUAUAAAAUCCCCGGGCCUGCUCUGUGGACUGGGUAG